AUGAUCUACCUUCCCAUUAUGUAUGGACUGAUAUUCAUGGUUGGACUGGUGGGCAACGUCACUGCGCUGGUUGUCUACCUGGUCAAACUCCGUCCUCUCAGCAGCAGCAGCAUCAUCAUGGUAAACCUGACCAUUGCUGACCUGCUGUACAUCCUAACCCUGCCCUUCCUGGUGCAUUUCUACUACACGGGCCAGUGGGAGUUUGGGGACUUCAUGUGUCGGCUGGUGCGCUCCUGUUUUCAUUUCAACCUGUACGGGAGCAUCUUGUUGCUGACGGUGCUCAGUGUCUUCCGCUACGUGGUGGUAGUGUAUCCCCUCAAGGCGGAGACAGUGAACAGGCCUAGUUUCGCUGUCAUCUGCUGCUUGGCUGCGUGGCUGCUCUGUGUCAUAAUCACCUUUCCUGUGUAUGGUCUGAUCAAGGCCGACACAGGAGCGCAGCAGGAACACAGCUGCAUUGACUUUGCCAGCCAGAGGAACGUGUGGGUGUACGGGUGGAUUCUCACCGUCUUGGGCUUCUUGAUCCCUCUGUUUGCGGUGUGCCUGAGUUACUCCUGUGUGGCCAGGGCCCUGUCCAGCGGAGGGGUGCUCCCUACGAGGUCGACACAUCUGCAGGCCCGCCGCCUGGCUGUGGUGACCCUGCUGGUGUUCGUGGUCUGCUUCACCCCGUACCACGUGCUCCGCCAGGCCCGCAUGUACACCGCCAUGAUGAGCAACGUGUCCCCCGCGCUGGAGGUCGGCGUUCACGCUGCGUAUAUCAUCUCGCGGCCCCUAGCUGCCCUCAACACGCUCUUCGACCUGGCUCUGGUCACCUUGGCUGGGGAUCGCUUUCAGCAGGCCCUGCGGAGCCUUCUCCACUGGAAUGGCUGCCUUUUCUACAGAGCCGCCCCACCACCACGGAGCUUUAUUCCAUCUGUUUACAGACCUAGGGGUUCGUCAGGCAAUGGCCUUAUUGAAAAUUGAUGAUCAACCAACCAGUGAUGAUGGGCCACUGGAAUUCUGACGCCACAAUUUUGUAAC